AAUUUUUUAUUCCAGGUGAGCCCCAAUUCCCCCUCACAGAGCCCUGCAGGGUCAUGGGAUGAAUUAAAGGGGAUUUUUUUAUUCCAGGUGAGCCCCAAUUCAGACCUUGCAGGGCUGUGUGUGACAGUGGUGAAUUUUUUACUCCAGAGUGCCGAUGGUUCCUGGGGAGUCUCCGGGGCAGAGCAGCCGAGCUGGUUUGUGGCUCCAGGAAUUCCAGAGGGACAGCAGGGGUGUGGUGGCACUGGGAGGGGACAGUGACACCAGUUCUUGAUGGCCCAGAGCCAGCCCUGGCAAAAACCAGCCUGGAGAAGCACCAGGAAAGUGACCAAACAGCGAUUUUUUCAUGUUUGGUCGGGUUUUUGGUUUGGUUUUUUGGUGGGUUGGUUUGUUUUGUGUGAGGUUUUGGUUUUUGUUUUGAUUUUUGGGGUUUUUUGGUGCUAUUUUUUUUGUUGGUUGGGGUUUUCUGUUCGUUUGUUUUUGGUGGGUUUUUUUGUUUGUUUGUUUCUUUGGGGUUUUUGGUGGUUUUUUUUUGCUUGGUUGGGGUUUUCUUUUUUGUUGGGUUUUGUUUGUUUGUUUUCGUUUUUUUUUUUUUUUUUGUUGGGGUUUUUUUGGGGAUUUUUUUGUGUUUUUCUCUUUUUUUUUGUUUGUUUGUUUGUUUGUUUGUUUUUAUUUUUUCCCAAAUCUAAGGCUGCAAAAUUCCCCUGAGAUGAAUCCAAAGGCACCGAGCUCCCAGGCUGCCACCCGUGGGAUCUGGAACCACGGAAUAUCCUGAGUGGGGAGGGAUCCCAGGGGCUGUGUCCCAACAAUCCCAUCCCUGGGGUGCUGUCCAUCCUCUCCUGGGGCUCUGUUCAGUUCCAGCCCCCCUGGGGAUGAACCUUUCCCAAAAUCCACCCCAGAUCUGCCCCCUGGGCUCUCCCAGCUGGAGCUGCCUGGCACGCACAGGGAUUUUCUGCCAGCUCCGGGCACAGAAUCAACCCCGGGUGCCAAAACCCUCCCCGGGGCUGGAGGGACGGACCGGGCUGGCUGCGGGUCCCGGCACUGCCCGAGAGCCCGGGGUUUGUCCCCGCAGGGGUUUGUCCCGCAGGGGUUUGUCCCCGCAGGGGUUUGUCCCGCAGCCCCUUGGUGCUCCCGGAGCGGGGCAGUGCCCGGGGAGUGCCCGGCUCCCUCUCCAUCCCCUCUGUGUCCGGGAGCCCAGCAAUGCCCGGCUCCGGUUCCAUAAUCCCCGGGAGUGCCCGGCUCCAUCCCCUUGGUGCUCCCGGAGCCCAGGAGUGCCCAGCUCCCUCUCCAUGCCCAGGGAGCGCCCGGCUCCCUCUCCAUCCCCUUGGUGCUCCCGGAGCUCAGGAAUGCGCGGCUCCUGCUCCAUCCCCAGGGAGUGCCCGGCUCCUGCUCCAUCCCCUCUGUGCCCCGGAGCCCAGGAAUGCGCGGCUCCGGUUCCAUAAUCCCCGGGAGUGCCCGGCUCCAUCCCCUCUGUGCUCCCGGAGCCCAGGAGUGCCCGGCUCCCUCUCCAUGCCCGGGGAGUGCCCGGUUCCUCCUCCAUCCCCUCUGUGCUCCCGGAGCCCAGGAAUGCCCGGCUCCGGUUCCAUAAUCCCCGGGGAGUGCCCCGUUCCUCCUCCAUCCCCUUUGUCCUCUCUCUCCCUCCCCUCUGUGCUCCCGGAGCUCAGGAAUGCGCGGCUCCUGCUCCAUCCCCAGGGAGUGCCCGGCUCCUGCUCCAUCCCCUCUGUGCUCCCGGAGCCCAGGAAUGCGCGGCUCCGGUUCCAUAAUCCCCGGGGAGUGCCCCGUUCCUCCUCCAUCCCCUUUGUCCUCUCUCUCCCUCCCCUCGGUGCUCCCGGAGCCCAGGGAGUGCCCGGCUCCGUUUCCAUCCCCGGGGAAUGCCCGGUUCCCUCUCCAUGCCCAGGGAGCGCCCGGCUCCAUCCCCUCGGUGCUCCCGGAGCCCAGGAGUGCCCAGCUCCCUCUCCAUGCCCAGGGAAUGCGCGGCUCCUGCUCCAUCCCCUCUGUGUCCCGGAGCCCAGGAAUGCCCGGCUCCCUCUCCAUGCCCAGGGAGUGCCCGGCUCCCUCUCCAUCCCCUCUGUGUCCGGGAGCCCAGGAAUGCCCGGCUCCGGUUCCAUAAUCCCCGGGAGUGCCCGGCUCCAUCCCCUCGGUGCUCCCGGAGCCCAGGGAGUGCCCAGCUCCCUCUCCAUGCCCGGGGAGCGCCCAGCUCCCUCUCCAUGCCCAGGGAAUGCCCGGCUCCUGCUCCAUCCCCUCUGUGCCCCGGAGCCCGGGGAGUGCCCGGCUCCGGUUCCAUAAUCCCCGGGAGUGCCCGGCUCCAUCCCCUCGGUGCUCCCGGAGCCCAGGAGUGCCCAGCUCCCUCUCCAUGCCUGGGGAGUGCCCGGUUCCUCCUCCAUCCCCUCUGUGCCCCGGAGCCCAGGAAUACGCGGCUCCUGCUCCAUUCCCAGGGAAUGCCCGGCUCCUGCUCCAUCCCCUCUGUGCUCCCGGAGCCCAGGAAUGCCCGGCUCCGGUUCCAUAAUCCCCGGGAGUGCCCGGCUCCAUCCCCUUGGUGCUCCCGGAGCUCAGGAAUGCGCGGCUCCUGCUCCAUCCCCAGGGAGUGCCCGGCUCCCUCUCCAUCCCCUCUGUGCUCCCGGAGCCCAGGAAUGCCCGGCUCCGGUUCCAUAAUCCCCGGGGAGUGCCCCGUUCCUCCUCCAUCCCCUUUGUCCUCUCUCUCCCUCCCCUCUGUGCUCCCGGAGCCCAGGGAGUGCCCGGCUCCGUUUCCAUCCCCGGGGAAUGCCCGGUUCCCUCUCCAUGCCCAGGGAGCGCCCGGCUCCAUCCCCUCGGUGCUCCCGGAGCCCAGGAGUGCCCAGCUCCCUCUCCAUGCCCAGGGAAUGCCCGGCUCCUGCUCCAUCCCCUCUGUGUCCCGGAGCCCAGGAAUGCCCGGCUCCCUCUCCAUGCCCAGGGAGUGCCCGGCUCCCUCUCCAUCCCCUCUGUGCUCCCGGAGCCCAGCAAUGCCCGGCUCCGGUUCCAUAAUCCCCGGGAGUGCCCGGCUCCAUCCCCUCGGUGCUCCCGGAGCCCAGGAGUGCCCAGCUCUCUCUCCAUGCCCGGGGAGUGCCCAGCU